GCAGCAAUGCUGAGUGACAAUAACUCUGUGAAGCUGAAAAGUGAUUGUUCACCCCCUGUGCAAUGGUGUGAGGUGGCUGCACAUAAAGAUGAGAAGACCAAGCUGGUUUUUAAAAGGUACUCGCAAACUUCUUGCACUGUUUGUGGUUGGAGGCUGCUUCCUUUAUAUCCUCAAAUUACAUUUUGGCCCUGAAGAAUGUGACAGAACAAAAAUGCCCUAUGUGGACCUCGAUCGUGUAAGGAGAGCAAAACACUAUGCCAGUGCUGCCCUGCGGGAGCAGUGCCGGCCUUCUUACGUGAAGAAAGAAAUGGGCAAGUUAUUUGCAGAGAAAUACAGCAAGGACAUGUCUCCAUUUGUAAAAAAAAAUAUAAAUGAAGAUGACGCUCUAUUUAAAUAUGAACCUCCUUUUGGAUUUCACAAGUUCUUUGAUAAGCUGAAAGAUCUCCUUGAACUCUUACCUGAACAUGAUUUACCAGAAGAUUUGAAGUCGAAACACUGUAAGCGUUGUGUUGUUGUCGGCAGUGGUGGAAUUCUUCAUGGAUCAGAGCUGGGUCACUUAUUGAAUCAGUUUGAUAUUGUUAUAAGGUUAAAUGAUGCACCAGUUCAAGGUUACACAGAUCACGUUGGUAACAAAACUACUAUAAGGAUGACUUACCCAGAAGGAGCCCCCCUUUCUGAGCAUGAGUAUCCUCCUGCUAGCUUGUUUGUGGCUGUUUUGUUUAAAAGCGUUGAUUUCAACUGGCUCCAAGCAAUGGUGAAAAACGAAACCUUGCCUAUGUGGGUGCGACUCUUCUUUUGGAAGGAGGUUGCUGAGAAAAUUCCUUUUACAUCAAAGCAGUUUCGGAUUCUGAAUCCAGUCAUCAUCAAAGAGACAGCUUUGGACAUUUUACAGUUCCCUGAACCCCGAUCAAAAUUCUGGGGUUGGGAUAAGAAUGUGCCUACAAUUGGGGUCACAGCAGUUGUUCUGGCCACACAUCUAUGUGAUGAAGUGAGCUUGGCAGGAUUUGGAUAUGAUCUUGAUCAGCCCAGCGCACCUUUGCACUAUUACAACAACCUCUGCAUGGCUGCCAUGAACGGACAAACGAUGCACAAUGUGACGAGCGAAAGGAAAUUCCUGCAAAAACUGAUCAAAGAAAAAAUUGUCAAAGACCUCACUGGUGGGAUACAUUGUGAAUUCUGUGGCAAAGACAGCUAGUGAUUCCAGUGUGGCGUGGUUUGGAUUUGUGAAAUUUCCAGAGGUUCAGCUGGAACAACAUU